AUGAUAAGUGUAUAUAUCGUUCAAUUUAGUGAAGAUCAUGCAUUAUCAGUUAUGAUUUGUGUUGAAGAUGGUUGGGAUAUAGCUGCUCAAUUCAUUUCAAUAAGUGAAUUAUUAUUAGAUCCAUAUUAUCGAAUAUUUGAAGGAUUUCACAGAUUAAUAGAACAUGAAUGGUUUGAAAUUUGGACAUCGAUUUUCACAUCGAUCAAAUCAAACAGCUACAAAUAG